UGUUGAGACCUUCUUGCCUUCCAAGUGACACAAUGUCUAACAACUGACGAGGACAGUUCAUGCCGAUCUAUCCUACAUGAUGGCAAAUUUUUUCUAUCAGUAUGUGAGCUGAACCUGAAGCCAAGAACGACCAAUUGUACAUUACAGUGCGCCCAAAAGUUUCUUGUCGGACUACUGUGAAUGGCCUCGUGGUCUAGAGCGUGACACAGAUACUAGGCUCACGUGGGCAUGCUUUGCGACAUACACAAAUAAAUAAAAUCUGAGCCCAGUCGGCAGGACUCAUCGCGAUCAUGGAUAUAGAGAAGACCGGUAUACAGAAGACCGGCAUAGAGACGACCGAUAUAGAGAAGGUCGACAUAGAGAAGGGAGAGUUCGAGGAACCCGUAGACUGGGCCACUGCGAGGUGGACGAAGGAGAGGAUACAAAGCCGCCUCCUUUCAUAUACACUGGCUCUCUGCAGCAUAGCAAUCCUAGCCCUCAUCUUCCAACCGCGCUACACGCCCUCAGACACCACGGACCAAACCCCCAAUCCCCAAGGGACCAUCCCCUCCUACGCAAUCGACUACGCGCCCCUAAUCUGGCUCGACGUCAACGAAGAAUACUUCCCCUCCUCCCUCGCCACCCACAUCCAAAACACGCACCCAUCUCUCGACCACGACGCCCUAACCUUCAACACAACACUCGAUCUCACCAACCUCUCCCUCCUCAACGCCCUCGGCGAUGAAGGGCUUAACAUCUUCCUCACAUCCAACCUCGACGUAACCACUCUCCCGCCCUGGCUAACCGGCACAAAACCCUCCUCCACGGGCCUCACAUCCUCCACCUCCGCCGCCAUAAUCGCCGUCCCCCGCUCCGCUGGUGUUGUGGACGUCUUCUACACCUACUUCUACUCCUUCAACCUCGGUCCCACAGUCCUAGGUCAGCAGCUAGGCAACCACGUCGGGGACUGGGAACACAACAUGAUCCGCUUCGUUGAUGGGGUUCCCGAGGCGAUGUGGUUCUCGCAGCACGGCGGCGGGCAAGCGUUCGCUUACUCCGCUGUUGAGAAGAUCGGGAAGCGGCCCGUGGGGUACUCGGCGAAGGGGACGCAUGCGAAUUAUGCCUCGCCGGGACGGCAUGAUAUGUUACUCCCCGGGACGCACCUACCCUUCGACCUCCUGCUGACGGAUUACUCCUCUAACGGGACGUUAUGGGAUCCCACCCUAAACGCGUUCUGGUACACCUACGACGCCAUCACCGCCUCAUUCACAGGCGCGGCGGGUAUAGGCGGAGAAGAAGGCAAUCCAGUAGGCGCGAUGGAGUUCAGGGGUCGCUGGGGGGAUAAACAGUAUAAAGAUGGAGAUGAGAGGCAGAGCUGGUGGUGGGGGUGGAGGAGGUGGGUUGAUGGGCCGAGGGGCCCGUGGGAUAAGAAACUUGUGAGGGAGGGGGUUUGUCCGGAUGGUGGGUUUGGGGGGUGUGUGGUGAAGCAGGAUUUGAGGGAGGAGGAGGGGAGGGGGGUGUGGGUUGGGAGUCAGGCUUGGGUGGGGAGGGAUUGA